CAGGCCAGCCAACCAGCCAACCCCCUCCCCCCUCGCCGCCGCCGCCGCCGCCGCCGCCGCCAUGGCCCCCGCCGCCGGAGCCCUCCACGCCGGCGGCCGCCACCUCCUCCCGCUCCGCCGCGUCCCGGGCGCCGCCGCGCAGCCCUGGUCCCACGUCCGCUCCCACCUCAUCUCCUCCUCCAAGCCCAGGCCGCCCCCGCCGCCGCCGCCGCCCGUGUCCGUGCCCGUGCCGGUGCUUCCUUCCUCCUCCUCCUCGUCCGCCGCGUUCGCGCAGCACGCGGGGAGGAGGGGCGGCGCGGUCGGGUCCGGGGUCGUCGCGUGGUACCUCGGCUCGAUCGAGGCGCGGCCCGUGCUGACCAAGAGCGUCACCGCCGCCGCCAUCUUCACCGUCGCCGACCUCUCCUCCCAGAUGAUCACACUUGGUUCUGAGGAUUCACUUGAUCUAGUCAGGACUAUGCGGAUGGCUAGUUAUGGGCUGCUGAUCUCAGGACCUUCCUUGCAUCUUUGGUUCAACUUUAUCUCAAAAUUGCUCCCCAAACAGGAUGUCGUGAACACCUUCAAGAAGAUGUUUCUUGGGCAGGCUGUUUAUGGACCAAUUAUUAAUUCAGUUUUCUUCUCGUACAAUGCAGGAUUGCAAGGUGAGACCAUGCCAGAGAUCAUUGCAAGACUGAAGAGGGAUUUAAUCCCGACCAUCAAAAGUGGACUCAUAUACUGGCCACUUUGUGACUUUAUCACUUUCAAGUUUAUCCCUGUUCAUUUACAGCCACUAGUGAGCAAUUCCUUCUCAUUUCUGUGGACCAUCUAUAUAACAUACAUGGCUAGCUUAAAGAAGGCAGAUGUUAAUGUGGCCACGAGUUCAUAGUUAGAGGCUGAAUGAACUCCAUGCAUCGACUGGGCUAUCUAUUAAUAUUUCCACAGGAUAGUCUUCACAGGCAUAAAGGACUGAUGUGGGCAUGCGGCUGGCUAUAUCACUAUCAGCUUUUCUCAAUUGAAGUCUAGAAAUAGAGAUGGACUUCUCCCUAUCAAUUAUUUCUUUUCUUUAGUGGUGUAUAGUGUCCACUUGGCUUCUACCUGCCCUCUUCUCUUUUAUUUCUUUUCCUUUUAACCUGAAGGCCUUUUGUCUGGAUGGUAGAGUGAUACUAGGCAUUUAUAUCUCUUACAUGCCUCAGAAACCAAGCAAUUUUCACCAAAUUUACUGUAAUCAGUGAUGGAGGUGUAAGGUAAAUUUGUUAUUUUCAGUAAGAUGAGUGGGACCGAACAUAUGAUGCAGCUUUUGUUGAAGAAUA